GCUUAAAGUUUUUACGGAAAAUCAAGAACAUAAAGUUGAUCAAGUGUAGUCACAAAAUUUUUUCUAGCAAGAAACUUUUUUGGAAGUAAAAAGAAGAAGAAAUUGCUUAAGUUUAUGUUUUAUUUCUAAUAAAGUAAAGUCGCUUUUUUGAGAUUUUUAAAAGUGAAAAAUAAUUUUUGCAUAAAAUUCUAUGUAAUUAAUGGACUGAACAUUAGAAGAAGAAGAAGCAAAUAAUCAUCAAAAAAAAACAUAAAAAAUAUUUAUUUAGUGACAUUUUAAUGUAGUUGUGGAUUAUUUAUAAGCAAGACAAAAAAAAAUUUAAGACAUUAAUCAAAUUUAACUUUUAAGUGAAUUUCUAAAUUGUGAUUCUUUGUGUGCAUAUUUUUGCUGCUCCUUAACGAAAAAAUAUAUUCAUCAUUGUGAACGCGAUUCGUGAAAGUUGCGCUGUAAUAAAAAAAAAUAUUGUGUGUUAAAAAGAAUUUAAAAAAAGAUAUUUUUUAUCAUUAUUAAAUCAUUAAAGUCUCAAGUGACAAUUAUUAGUGCACUUGAGGUCUCUUUACGUCUUUAUGGAGGUGAGCUGGGAGGGCUUGACCCAACUGGGAUUUUUCGAAUAAGCGUGAGCUGUCACCGACAUGGGCAGUGAGCAAUACUGUCUAAGGUGGAACAAUCAUCAAUCCAACCUGUUAGGGGUCUUUAGUCAACUACUGCAGGACGAGAGUUUGGUGGACGUAACAUUAGCUUGUUCCGAGGGCACUUCCAUCCGAGCCCAUAAGGUUGUUCUUUCAGCCUGUUCAUCAUACUUUCAAAGCCUUUUUCUGGAUCACCCCGCCAAACAUCCAAUUGUUAUACUUAAAGACGUUCGAUUUGCUGAAUUGCGAACAUUAAUUGAAUUCAUGUAUAAAGGUGAAGUGAACGUAGAAUAUUGUCAAUUAUCAGCGUUACUGAAAACGGCUGAAUCAUUAAAAGUUAAGGGAUUAGCAGAAAUGACCAAUCAAAGUACAGCAUCAAAAGAGCCGGAACGAGAUCGUGAUUCAGAGCGUCUUCGAUUGCAUACGCCAACAACACCAUCAGCUGCGCCAUCAUCAUCCGUAAAGAAUGAAAUUCUCGAGUUGUCAAGUAAACAGCAGCGACUUGAUAAUAAUAUAUGUAGCCCAUCUCCUCCAUCUCGUGUUCCCUCAUCUCCCGGAUCAUCUCUGUCGUCAAUAUAUCAAAAGAAAUUACUAACAAUAAGCGCAUCAGCAUCGGCAACUACGACAUCUAUAACGGGCAGUAGCUCGCAUCAUAUAGAUUCAAUUAUCAAAGAAGAGCCGACAUUUAAUGAUCAUCGUACGCAUCAUCAGCAUCGGAAUGAUGAGUCAAUGGAAGAUGAUGAUGAUGACGAUGAAAAUAUUCAAAUGAAAAAUGAAGUUGGUCUCAAUAUGACUCUCAAUUCAUCAUUACUACAAAAUUCAAUAUCAUCGUCUGUUAAUUCUACAUCAUCAUUAGCCGAUAUGCAAUCAUCUCGAUAUUCAAGUAAUUUAUUGGGAAACUCGUCGAAUGCUGGUGGUCCGCGACAACAGAGUCCACUUAGUAGUGAUUUACCGGGACCAUCUGGGAUUGGACCUAUGCAACAUGCGCCACUGUCUCUAAAAAAGGAAGCAGAUUGGGAUCGUUCGGAUGAUAAGGAGAGCUCAUCGUCGGAAUACCGACACUCACAUGGUGAUAUGCGUGACAGAUAUCAACGUUUUAUGGCACCAAAGCCAUCAUCAUCUAUCAUGAGCGGUCUGCAUCGUCUAAAAUCAUCAUCAACACCACAAAUGAGUUCAACUGCAACAUCACCAUCAAUGGUUCCCUCAAUGAUGCCUUUUCACUUUCCAUUCUCACCAUUUUCACUCGGCAUGAAUCUUUUUGAUAUGACAGCAGCAAAUGAGAAUCGCAACUCACCAUCAAUCGAUCCAAAUCGUAUACUUCACAUCUUGCAUCAACAAUCAUUAUUGGCUGAAGAGUUAUUAAAAUAUCGUGCACUGCUUGGUUUACCAUCACCAUCAACUUCUACUUCUUCUACAUCAUCAUCUUCAAACUCAUCAUCACAUCCAUUCUUUAAUGACAUGAAGCCAUCAAUUGAGUUAUUCAAGAUUCCAAAUUCACAUGAUACAAAAUUUAAUAAAGAUAUCGUCCAUGAAUCAGAAAUGAUACCAUCCAAACGUCAAACUCCCUCCUCAUCAACUGAAAUUGAUCUUACAAAAGAUGAUGGAUGUUCAACACCGAAAAUUAAAGCCCGUCCUGAAUCGGAAUUGUUAUCGGAAAAGUCAUCGACAACGUCAACAACAAUUUCGCCAGCUGCUGUGUCAGCGAUGCUUAUUGAUCCCGAUGAAUUAAAGUGUCACAUUUGUAUGGCUAAUUUUCCAUCACUUUGGCUUCUCGAGCAGCACACAGCAUUACAACAUAGUCAGUUGUCGUGCUCUGAGAAGCAGAAUAAGUGCGAACAUUGUGGUCAAAAUUAUCGCUACAACUGCUGCUUACAAUCAACAUUGUUGAUGAACUCACAAGAUCAUCCAGGCAAUCCGAAUCGUGCAAGAGUUCCAGCUGAUAAACUUUUCACAUGCGAUGUGUGUGGCAUGCAAUUCCGUUAUCUAAAGUCAUUCAAAAAGCAUCGCUUAAAUCAUGCAUUAGAGCGUCUCCAUGGCAAGAAAGAGAUGAAUGAGAAUUCAGGUGAAUUAAUGGUAUCAAGUACAAAUGAUGAAAGUGGCAUUCCAAAAGGCGUUAUAAGCCUUGAAGAUGAACAAAUGUUGUUAGAUGAUCAGGAUCAAGAUGAUACAAUAGAUUCCAUUAGCAAUACAAAUAGCAAUAUGAACUUUUCUUCAACUAAUCUUAUCAAUACAAAACAAAUGAAUGAUCCCAAUUUAAGUAUUUCAGCAGAUAAUAAUAAUUUUGGUGGUGAUAUUAAAGAUAAGUCGUCGAUUAGUAGUGCAAUAACUGAAUGUGAUAAACAAGAAACUAAUGGCAAUAUUACCAGUUCGGACAAACUUUUAGACGAGAUGACUGACAUGGCAAAUACUCAACAUGAUGCUGAAUCAUCAUCAGCUCUUAAUUUUACGAUGUCGUCAUUACAAAAUUCAUUUUCAAUGCAAGGCUCAAGUGGAUCAUUAAAGUCAUUGACAAUGACCAAUCAAUCUUUGAUGGGUUUGAAUUCUCAGGAAGCUUCGAUAUUGAACUUUUUACGGGUUGAUGCUGAUAAACGUGAUAAACGUUUUGCAUGUCCAUUCUGUGGCAAAUGUGUGCGUUCAAAAGAAAAUUUAAAGCUUCAUGUACGAAAGCAUACUGGUGAACGUCCCUUCGUUUGCCUGUUCUGUGGUCGUGCAUUUGGUGGCAAGAGUGAUUUGACUCGACAUUUGAGAAUACAUACGGGCGAACGGCCAUAUCAUUGUGAAAGUUGUGGCAAAUGUUUCGCUCGUGCCGACUAUUUAUCAAAACAUUUAACAACUCACGUUCAUAAUACUCAAUCACAACAGCAACGCUGAGAAAUAGGAAGGCGGAGACGCCAUUUCCUCCGCAAAGGCUCAACGGAUGACCAUAACAAGCAAUAUAUGUAAUGAUGACAGUCACUUUAUAGAGAUUCACAAAUUGACUUUGCUGAUAAAUAAUUUUUAGCUAUAUAUACAGAACAAUUUUAUCAACGAAAUUAGUAACUUUAAAAAAAAAGUAAUGAAAGAG